CCAGCGUGGAGCGGCAUGACACCAGGAAGUAGCACAAUUCAAUUGACUAUACAAAUAACCAAAGAGAAAGGGUACCCGAAGUGGAUUCUUGUGCUUUCUGGUUUUGCUUCCCUAAAAUACACAGCAAGUGACAACGCACAGGGACUAGUCCAUGCGACUGGGUUUUCAACAUUGCAUGGAUAAACCGCCCGUGAAGAUGAUGGACCCUACACUUGCUGAGAUGGGGAACCAUCUUUCUGGUGCCAUAAAGAUUUUAGAAAGUGGAAAAUUGGAAUCUGAUCAGAUUAAAGAAAGAAGAAAGUUGAGUUGGAAAGACAUUCCUGGACCCUUACAAGGAGAUGGACAGGAUGUUGUUAGCGUACUCCAGCUAGUCCAGAACCUGAUGCAUGGGGAUGAUGACCAGCAGGGUCAUCGCAGGAUGCAAUAUGUCGGAGAGCAGGGACACAUGGCUCUAUUAGGACACAGUCUGGCUGCAUAUAUCUCUGUCCUGGAACGAGAAAGAUUGAGAAAGCUGACCACCCGCAUCCUGUCAGACACCACUCUCUGGCUCUGCAGGCUUUUCAGAUAUGAAAAUGGCUCGGCAUAUUACCAUGAAGAUGAUCGUGAGGGGCUGCUGAAGGUGUGUCGGCUAGUUAUUAAUACUCAUUAUGAGGAGUACGCUACAGAGGGCUUUACAGUGCUGAGCUCCAAACAUCCUGUGAUUUACCAAAGUGCUGCAUGUAGACCUGGCCUGGGACAAUAUCUCUGCAGUCAGCUAGGACUGCCUUUGUCAAGUCUUUGUAUUGUGCCCUGUAACACCAUGUUUGGCUCCUUGCAUCAAAUGGAUGUUGCAUUGCUUGACAAGCUCAUCAAAGAUGAUCGCGAAUCAGGGAAAGUUCCACUGCUGUUGAUAGCGAAUGCUGGAACGCCAGGUGCAGGUCACACAGACAAACUCAGUCGCCUGAAAGAGCUCUGCGUUCAGUACAACAUGUGGCUUCAUGUGGAGGGGGUUAAUUUGGCAACGCUUGCUCUUGGUCAGAUCUCCUCCACUGUCACGGCGGCCACUAAGUGCGAUAGUAUGACUUUGACUCCAGGCCCGUGGCUGGGCCUGCCCGCUGUGCCCGCUGUCACUCUUUACAGACAUGAGGAUCCGGCCCUGUCGCUCACAGCAGGUCUGACAUCCAGCCAACCGGUGGAGAAGCUUCGGGCUUUGCCUCUCUGGCUGUCCCUUCAGUACCUUGGGCAUGAUGGGAUUGUUGAGAGGAUUAAGCAUGCCUCUCAGCUAAGUCAACAGCUUUUGGAGCAUUUGAAGACACUGGCUUCAAUAAAAACCUCGGAUAUCCUUGACAGCGAGGUGUCUCUCCUCGAGGCUUUGCGCAUGGUGGAGGAUGAACUGAAUUCUCCCGUGGUAGUGUUCAGGUUUUCACAAGACAACAGCGCUCCCUCGAGUGGCGGCUCAGUUGAAGGAUAUUUUGCGGGAGAGAGAGAUAUCAUUGAUGCCCUUAACAGAUGGUUAGGUGAGCAGUUGGCGCUGCAGGUUCCCCUCAGCGGCGUAGAUGUGGUUGAGCUGGAAGAUGAGGGCACGUGUGUUCGUUUCAGCCCCCUCAUGACCGCUGCAGCCCUUGGCACUCAGGAGAAUGAUGUGGCGGCACUGGUGGAGAAGCUGGGAGAGUUGAUUCCAGUCCUGUGCUGCACCCUACGCUUCAGACAGGACUUCAAGGAUGAGGUGCUACAGCAAGCUUCACUCUCAUACAUUGAGGACCUGAGCUGGCCUGGUCUUGGAGUUGUUAGGUAUGAGCCCAGAAACACAGACCUUGAUGAAGAUAAGAGACAACAAAGGGUGGAGAAGAUCAACAGUGAAUUGCUUAAGAAACUGAUGGAGCUUGAUACAGACCUGGAGUUCUCUUGUGGUCCUGAGUUUUGUGAAGAAACUAAUGGCAUAUUUAUUGGAAUGGCAACUGAAGACCUGGAUGUGGCAGAGUUGGUGGAAACUAUAGGAUCUGUUGGAAGAGACAUUGAGGAAAGUGGAAAGUUGUUUGAGAACAUGACUGAGGUUGUGAGAAGAGGCAUUCAGGAAGCUGAGCUGCAGCUUCAGAAAGCAAAUGAAGAGAAACUUAUUGAGGAGGGUGUACUUCGACAAAUUCCUCUAGUGGGCUCUGUGCUUAACUGGUUCUCCCCGGUUCAGGCCUCUGUCAAAGGAAGAACUUUUAACCUAGCUGAAGGUUGUCUGGACAGCACCGAGCCUGUUUAUUCCAUAAAAGCCCAGAUGAAUACAGAAGCUUCCCCUGAUUCCCCCAAGUCCAGCACCAAACGGUUUCCAGGCCAAAAACUCUUCCGGCGGCAUGGAGCAGGCUCAGACUCUAUUAGUGAAACCAGCUCUGUCAGCCAGCUCGAAGAAUCGUUCAGGGAAACGGCACCGGUUCAGGUCACUGAUGUGGAGGAGGCGGAGGUCCCUCAGGAGAAUCCUGCGCACAUACCGGAGGAUACAGCUUCAUCCGACCAGCGUGUGCCAGAGGGACAAGAGACAGAGAGUGUAGACCACCUUAGAUAAGACCACUCCUAAAUGGUUGCUCUUGAGGUUUGCUCUAUAUAACAGAGGAAUAUGUGUCCAUAACCUUGAUGCUUUUGAGCAAACCACUUUUGAAAUUAAGAAAAGAAGCAGCUUUAGAUGCAAAUAACAAAACACUGGAAUUUCAUGAAAAUAAUGUCUGAAUAUGUGUCUAAAUCUCACGUCCCUUAUUAGUUAUUAAAUAAUCAAUUGCACUUUUUUAAAUUUGGUUAAUCAUAUGUUAUAGGGUCUGCUCACGGUUCUUUAUGUGCAUUGCCAAUAUAUUCUACCAUUAUGGGUGGCAGUACGUCUUAGGUUUUGAUUUUGAAUGCUUAUCUUUGUCAUCUACAGGCCUGUCUGACAGGUUUUCUGAUCCGUUUCCACGCAUUAUUUACACAACGAAAGGGCUAUUGUGGCCUUACUGUCAUGAUUGUUAAUGUCAAAAUGUCUUGUUUGCCAAAAGAUGGUCUUGCUUUAUGUGCUCUCUAAAGGCCGAUGUAUAAGAAGGAAAGUUGAUGCUUGAAGACUUCUUGCAGCUGUUUCUAAUCAAAUGAUAGCCUUAUUGCACUUUUAUGUACAGAAUGUCACACUUUAACCAGAACAGCAGAAUAUUUAUUUAUACUAUAAAUAAUUAUCUUGGAGAACAUUAGGCUAUUUAGAGACAUGAGUAACAUUUGCUGUGUGUAAAAGAAGUUCAAAUCAAACAGAUACCCAUCCAGCACUUUUGGUUUUACCAAUAGUGAAAUGAUUAUUAGACUGUUCUCACUGUGAAGAAUGUUUCAGAGAUGUCUCUUUGAGUAAUUGUUACAUUUUUUGGGAUGUUUAUGAAGGCUACACAUAAUGUUCUAAAAGGAAGAUCCUUAUUUUUUGUUUACACCAAUGUUAAUGGUUUUAGCACACAAAAAAAGCAUUGCUACUGGGGAAAUGUAGUUUCAUUUAGUGUAUGAAUAUUGUGGGAAUUAUAAAUGAGAAGAAAUUCACUACAGUUUUAUCACAUCCAUCCAUAUUUUGAGGGGUAUAAAGUGCUCUUUCUGUAACUUUGCUUCCUUACUGAAUAAUGUAAUUGUAGAUCUGCUCCUUUUUUCAAAAAUGAUUCUGUCUUAACUGGUGCAAUAAAUAAUUGAGAUUUUUCUUUGGAUGAAAUGAGUACUGACUUAUUGUGUCAAACUUAUGAAGAGUGUUUUUUUAUAAUAAACAAUUAUUUUACAUAAUUAUGAGCAGUUAAGUAAAUGACAAUAAAGAAAAUGCUAAAA